AUGACCGAACGGUUCUUCCUGGCUGCCUGCGCCACACUCGAGGUCGACGUCAUCUCGCUUGAUCUCCAGGAGCGACUGCCUUUCAAGCUCAAGUUUCAGACCAUAGGCCAGGCGCUGCAGCGUGGCAUCCACUUCGAGAUCACCCUCGCUCAGCCCCUGCGAGGAAGGAACAUUAUCUUCACGUCCGACGCCCUCUACCCGAUCCACAUGCGUGCGCCCCACGACCUCGUCAACCUGGCUGCGCUGCUGGGUCUCACUUCUGCCGAGGGAAGGGCGGCCAUGACCCAGCACACCAACUCCGUGUUGCUGCAUGGAGAGACACGGAAGUUGCAGAAGGCGGUGCUUGCGGCAGCACCCGCCUCCACGGCUGCCGCGUGGCAGCUGCCGGCCCAGCCCGCCGGGUCCGAAAAGCCUGUGAAAGGCGCCAAGCGAAAGCGAAGCACGAGCGGCCAAGACGUGGAGGAGGCCACACUGGCCAGCACCCAAAGCUCGAGCGACAAUCCCUGA